GUUUUCGCAAUUGAUAGAAGAAAAUGGCUCUCUCUGGUAAGAUGGAGGUUGAUGUAGAAAUCAAAACUUCAGCUGACAAGUUUCAUGAUGUAAUGGGCGGCAGACCACACCACAUGACCAUUGCUUCACCUCAAAAUAUACAAACAUGUGAUUUACAUGAAGGUGAAUUUGGAAAAAAGGGCUCUGUUCUUUACUGGAAUUAUGUCCAUGAUGGAAAAGCUAAGGUUGCAAAGGAGGUCGUGGAAGACAUAGAUGACGUGAACAUGUCCACUACCUUCAAAGUGAUUGAAGGAGAUCUACUGAAGGAGUAUAAAAGUUUCAAAUUUGUUGUUCAAGCUACACCUAAGGGGAAGGGAAGCAUUGUGCAUUGGACCCUCGUAUACGAGAAGCUGAAUGCAAAUAUUCCCGAGCCGACUUCCAUGCUUGAAUUUGCAGUUGAUGUCACCAAAGACAUUGAUGCCCACCUUGCCCAACAUCAGCACCAAAAAUGGACGCCUGAAUCGCCUUCUCUCUCUGGUAAGAUGGAGGUUGAUGUAGAAAUCAAAACUUCCGCUGACAAGUUCCAUGAUGUAAUGGGCGGCAGACCACACCACACCGCCAUUGCUUCACCUCAAAAUAUACAAACAUGUGAUUUACAUGAAGGUGAAUUUGGAAAAAAGGGCUCCGUUCUCCGCUGGAAUUAUGUCCAUGAUGGGAAAGUUAAGGUUGCAAAGGAGCUCGUGGAAGACAUAGAUCAUGUGAACAUGUCCACUACCUUCAAAGUGAUUGAAGGAGAUAUACUGAAGGAGUACAAAAGUUUCAAAUUUGUUGUUCAGGCUACACCUAAGGGCGAUGGAAGCACUGUGCGUUGGAUCCUCGAAUACGAGAAGCUGAAUGCAAAUAUUCCUGAGCCGACUUCCUUGCUUGAAUUUUUAGUUAAUGUCACCAAAGAUAUUGAUGCCCACCUUGCCCAAACUUAGACUCCACUCUCUUUCAGAAUCAAUAAAACUUUGUGUGGAUGUCCACCUGCGUGCAUAUAUAUGCAAUAAUCACCACCGAACAUAUGUAAGUUUUGUGGAAGUAUUAUUCGUUUACUAUUAUGUGUAACGAUGUAAUAAACAAACAUCCACUUUAUGCAAAUGGUCUUAUCUAUUAAUAAUUAAAUUUUGGCUCUAA